UCUCCUCUUAAACCUUAUUCACAUGCGAUUUCCUCUCAAACACACCGCCGCGUCUCUCCUCCGCAAUCUUCCAUGGCUUUUCAUCUUCAACCGCUUCUAUGUCUCUUUCUUCUCACCAUCAAAAGCUUAGCUGCCCAAACAACCCUCUUCCAUGGCGCUCUUCUUCUUCUUCCUGUCACAAAAGACGUUGAAACCCUGCAGUACACCACCCAAUUGCUCAUGGGUACUCCCCAAUUUCCCACCAAGCUCGUCGUUGAUCUCUCCGGUCAAUCUAUCUGGGUCAACUGCGCACCAUCGUCUUCAUCUCGACAGUUUAUCAGCUACGGUUCGUUGCCGUGCUUGAUGGCGAAAUCCGGUGCUCAAAGAACAAUACCUGCUGCAACCAUCUGUGACAUCCACCAAGAAAACCCCAUCACCGGCGCCGCCAAUUUGGGAGAUCUGGCAGAGGACAUAGUUACUUUCGACGGAAUAGGCUUGCUGACAACCGUCGACAACUUUCUGUUCUCCUGUUCGCCGGAUUAUCUACUGAAAGGCCUUGUUAAUGGUGCCAAAGGUAUGUUAGGUCUCGGAAGAUCAAAAAUUGCAUUCCAAUCUCAACUUGUCAACAAUCUUGACAUUCCCAGAAAGUUCACCAUCUGUCUAUCUUCAUCGGACGGAUUUAUAAUUUCCGGCACCGGCAUCUCCAACUCUCUAUCUUACACACCAUUGGUCUCGACCCAUGGUGGGGGGUUGGAUCAGUACUAUGUGAAUGUAAAUUCGAUCAAAAUUUCCGGCCGGAGACUGGUGUUACAACCCAUUGGAGGGGUAAAAAUAAGCUCAAUCGUCCCAUACACCACCAUGAAGAGCACCAUUUAUGGGAUCUUCACAAAAGCCUAUAUUAAAUCUGCCACUUUGUUGAACAUGACGAUGGUGGCGCCGGUGGCGCCAUUUGGGGUUUGUUUUAGUUCCCAAAGGGUGGUGCCAGAUAUUGAGCUGGUGUUGCAGAGUGAACUGGUGAAGUGGUUGAUUCAAGGAAGGAAUUCGAUGGUACAAGUGAGUGAUUCAGUAAUGUGUUUGGGUUUUGUGGAUGGGGGUUUGGAUCUGAAUGAUUCAGUGGUUCUUGGAGGGUAUCAACUGGAAGAUCAUAUUUUGGAGUUCAAUUUGGGGACUGGUAUGAUGGGGUUCAGUUCUUCUUCGUUGUUAAUUGAAGGCAAUAGCUGUUCUAAAAUCAGGGCCUCGGUUUCAAGACCAACAGAAUUACUGUAACACUUGUAAAUUGUACUAAUAUAAGGGUUGUUCGAACUAAUAUGAUUUGGGGAUUGGUCAUUAGAAGAUGAUCUUCCUACCCCAAUUUUGCAGGUUUUGAUCUUUUUUUUCUGGUUGUUUCAUGUCAAAGUUACCAACUUUGGUUUGUGGGUUUGUAAAGUGCAAUGGCAUCAAAUUUUUAUCACAAAGGCUGGUCUAAUAUAUUGGUUUUGAGUU